CGUGCUAGAUCUCAUGCAGUAGCAAAAGAGGGCUACAUUUGGAGGCACUGCUGAGAUCGAAGCAGAAAUCACUGCAGAUAUGCCAUUAAUAACGCCAACCCAGGUCUAUGAAUGGGCCCUAAAGGAAAAGGUGAACCCAGACCAUGUAUUUGCCAUUGAUCGUGUACCACCUGAAGUUACACUGGAAAUGUUAGAGAGUAACCUGUCUAAAUACAGACAUUUGGAGGGUGCACAUCUGAUAGCAGAUGAGGGAUCAACCAUGGACGGUUAUGCAGUCCUGCUUUUCAAAGUGAGUGAUCCACUAAAUUCAGAAGUGGGGCCAUAUGCUGUGUUCCCUGUGGGUGAUUUAUCGGUAGGGUGCCCCCUGGUGUACCCCCAGGCUGUUGUUGCCCCCUGGAAAGUUGAAGCACCCAGUCCAGAUGCAGGCUACACCAGUAGAAAAAGGAGGCUGCUGCCGUCACUACCCUGCAAUGUGCAGCACACAGUAAAGCAAGAACCGCUUGUAACUGAGACCAGUGAAGCUAAGGAUGUCAGCAUUUCAGAGCAUCCCUUGACUGACGCAAUAACUCAAAUGACAGAGGCAUUGGCUCAGGGCUUGCAGCUGAGCCACUAUAAAAAGCUAAAGACAUUUUCAGGCACAGAGCCGGUUCCUACAGGGGAAGAGGGGUUUGAGACAUGGAAGGAGUCUGCACUACAAGCAUUAGAUGAGUGGGCCUGCUCAGAACAAACCAAGAGGCAGCGAAUUAUGGAGCAUGUCCGUCCCCCUGCAGCUAGUAUUGUGUUAAAUUUUAAAGCCAGUCACAAAGAUUACAAUGCUAUGGACAUAAUUGAUAUCCUCACUUCAGCAUAUGGGAAGCAUGAGGACCCUGACCAGUUAUUGGCUGACUUUAAACAGAUGAGACAGAAGUCUUCUGAGGAUGUAUCUGCCUUCACCCUCCGUCUAGAGAAUAUGCUGCGGAAUCUCUUGUCAAAAAAAGUGAUUACAGCAGAGGAAGUAGAUACACUACGUCUAAAACAAUUACUAAAGGGGAUGUCCCCAUUCUUCCCCAUGUAUUCCACGUUGCAGAUACUCCUGAGGGAUAAAAGAGAUACCGGCUUUAUUGACCUGAUGAAAGUGAUUAAGCAAGAGGAGGCAACCCUACUCUUUGCUGGUACCUCUCGGGUACCAAAGCAGAACCCCGCUUUACCUACCUCGAAGGAUAUUAAGCUAACUGGAAAGGGUGUACCAUCAAUAACCCAAAUCCGGAAAAGGUUCCCAUCAGAGUGGCAUAAGGGGGUACCUGCCACUACCCCUACCAGUUGUUUUGGGUGUGGCCAGGAGGGGCAUUUUGUUAAAGACUGUCCUGAGAAAUUUUCCCCUAAUGCAGUGCAGACAAUGUCAUGUGGGAAGCCAAGUAGCUACCCCAACAAGGUUACAAAACCCUCUGCGACAAAGGACAGAAACAUGGUGGGCCCUAAGUCCUUGGUAGACAUCCUGUUAGAUGGGCAGCCAGUACAAGCUUUGUUUGAUACCGGAUCACAGGUCACAAUAAUCCACUAUAGUUAUUACCUGCAACAUCUAUCCCACAAACCUUUACAGCCUGCUAGAGGUUUAGAAUUGUGGGGGCUGAAUCAGCAGGCCUACCCCAUACAUGGAUUGCUACAAGUGACUAUAACCAUGCCGAGGUGCCAUGGUACACUGCCUCUGUCCCAGGAAGUUGAUGCUGUGGUCUGCCCAGAUACAGGAAACCCUAACGCUGCUCCCAUCAUUCUGGGAACAAAUGUUAGUGAGGUACGGACUACCCUAAACCCUUCAGUCACUGUGACAAAAGCCCCUAGGUAUUCUGACCAUGGUCCAGAGGUUGUCUGCAACACCUUCACAGUUACUUACAAGUAUGGGUUGUUACGCCAUGUUGCUGGGCAAACUGUUGAGAUUCCUCCGGGGUCCAUUAGGACUGUGAGAGCACUAACUGAUGUAAAACCUGAGAUGAUGAAAGGCUAUAGAUGUGUGCUGGUUGAAAGCCCCUCCGAGGCAGUGGUCCAGAAUGGGUGGAAAGUUGUCCCGGAGAAGAAAGAGUGGGGCAAGAAAAUACCUCUAGUUGCUCAAGUAACUGUUCAAAAUAUCUCUCCAUAUGCUGUAGUAAUCCGGCCUAAACAGGAGUUGGCGUAUUGCUACCCCGUUCAUGAGGUUUCUGACCUUGCUGAGGUUCAGUCCACCCCAGUAUCUGCUUCUGUAUCAAACUUGGCAUUUGAUUUUGGGGAUUCCCCUGUUUCUGAGGAGUGGAAGCAGAGGCUGAGUAACGGUUUACUUGAACGCAGACAAGUCUUUUCAACAGACGAAAUGGAUGUAGGGUGUGCUAAAAGUACCCAGCACACUAUCCGCUUAUCCGACUCCACUCCAUUUAGGGAGCGGCCUAGGAGAGUCCCUCCCAAGGACCGGGAGGAUCUCCAGCGCACCUUACAGGAAAUGAAAAGGCGAGGAAUUAUUGCUGACAGUCGGAGCCCCUAUGCUUCCCCUAUAGUCAUCGUGAGGAAAAAGGAUGGCUCAAUCCGGUUGUGCGUGGAUUAUCGUACUUUAAAUAGACGCACUGUACCUGACCAGUAUACUCUACCUCGAAUUGAGGAGACUCUGGAAGCCCUUAAUGGUAGCAAAUGGUUCACUGUAAUGGACUUACGCUCUGGCUAUUACCAGGUACCUAUGGCAUCUGAGGAUCAGGAAAAGACUGCAUUUAUAUGCCCCUUGGGUUUUUACCAGUUCACAAGGAUGCCCCAAGGUAUUUGUGGGGCCCCAGCUACCUUUCAGAGACUUAUGGAGAAGAUGUUGGGGGACCUGUCACCCCGAGAGUGCCUGGUGUAUCUGGAUGAUAUCAUUGUGUUUGGGACUACCCUAGAGGAGCAUGAGCAGCGUCUGAUGAAUGUGAUUGACCGAUUAAUAGCAGAAGGACUAAAACUGUCAAUCGACAAAUGUAAGUUUUGCCGCUCCUCAGUAACCUAUGUAGGCCAUGUGGUCUCUACAGAAGGAAUAGGAACUGACCCGGCCAAGAUUGAAGCGGUGGUAACCUGGCCCAAACCCCAAAAUGUCACUGAGCUGAGAUCAUUUCUCGGGUUUUGUGGUUACUACAGGCGAUUUGUAGAGGGGUAUUCAAGAGUGGCCCACCCAUUAAAUGAAUUGUUGAGGCUUUCUAAUGUGCAUGGUGAAGGGACAAAAAGAGAUGCUAAAGCCCCUUUUGGUGAUAAGUGGACUUCAGCCUGUGAAGAGGCCUUUGUUCAGUUAAAGAAAAGGCUGACAGAAGCCCCUGUAUUGGCUUAUGCAGAUGCUCACAGACCAUAUGUCCUCCAUGUUGAUGCCAGUUAUGAAGGGUUGGGAGGUGUCCUACACCAGAGGUACCCAGAAGGGCUGCGGCCAGUGGCCUAUCUUAGUAGGAGUCUGGCACCCAGUGAAAAGAAUUACCCUGUGCAUAAACUGGAAUUCCUGGCUCUUAAGUGGGCCAUUGUGGACAAGUUGCAUGACUUCUUAUAUGGAGUAGAGUUUGAAGUACGAACAGAUAAUAACCCUCUCACAUAUAUUUUGACUACUGCUAAACUUGAUGCCACAGGGCACCGUUGGUUAGCUGCACUGUCAAACUACUCUUUCACCCUCAAGUACAAACCAGGGCCUAGGAAUAUAGGAGCGGAUGCUCUCUCUAGACGACCGGGUCUGCCUGCCCUGGAGGAUGAUGGGGAGUGGGAAGAGAUACCCAGCAUCGGUAUGAAGGCCUACUGUGCUACAGCUGCUGUAGUGGAUGACAAAGUGGCUUUUUCUGAGUUGAGGGUCGUAGAUUCUGUUGGUGGAGGGCCGGAGUCUGUACCACCUAUGUACUGCUGUCCCAUUUCUCUAGUAGGGGGAGAAUCCAAGUUAAUCAGUCACAAGGACAUGGUUCAAAGCCAGAAAACUGAUCCUGUGAUAGGCCACCUGUGGAGAGCGGUUAACAGCAGAAAUCCUGCUUUGCUCAAGAAGAGUUUGCCAGGAGGGUAUGAAUUUUUCCAACGUGACUGGGGUAAGUUCUGUGUGGAACAAGGACUGUUAUACCGGUUGAUACCAUAUCAUAAUCACCCUGGGAGGCGGCAAUUAGUGUUGCCCCUUAAAUUCAGGAACAUGGUGUUAAGGAGUCUGCAUGAUCACCAUGGACAUCUUGGAAUGGAGAAGACUUACGGGCUGGUCCAAGACCGCUUUUUCUGGCCUAAAAUGAGAGAUGCAGUUGCAAGUUACUGCAGGAAGUGCCUAAGGUGUCUGCAAAGGAAGACACUUCCGGUCCUCGCUGCCCCCAUGGGUCACCUUAAAAGUUCAGAGCCCAUGGACUUGGUGUGCAUGGACUUUCUUUGUAUUGAGAAUGAUUCGAGGGGCAUCGGUAAUGUUCUGGUAGUCACCGAUCACUAUACCAGGUACGCCCAAGCUUUCCCCACCAAGGACCAAAAAGCCUCCACAGUCGCUAAAGUACUAUGGGAGAAGUUUUUCAUUCACUACGGGUUGCCAAGUAGAUUACAUUCUGAUCAAGGCAGAGACUUUGAGAGCCGUCUUAUUAAAGAGCUUUUGCAACUGUUACAUAUUGAAAAGAGCCGAACUACUCCCUAUCACCCCCAGGGAGAUGCCCUUCCUGAGAGAUUUAACCGGACAUUGUUGGACAUGCUAGGUACCCUGCCAGUGGAGGAUAAAAAGAGCUGGAGCAAGCAUGUGGAGGCUAUGGUGCAUGCUUAUAACAGUACUCGGCAUGAUAGCACUGGUUUCUCUCCAUACUUCUUGAUGUUUGGGAGGGAGCCAAGGUUGCCCCUUGAUGUCCAGCUGGGUGUAUCUACAGAUGGAGUGAGUCAUCGGGACCACUUUCAGUACGUUUCCCGAUUGAGGGAAGGCUUGACUACUGCCUAUCGUUUGGCUGAAGAGAAUGUUAGCAAGUUGAAUGCCAAUAACAAAAGGAGGUAUGAUCAUAAAGUCAAGUACAGAGAGUUACUUCCAGGUGACAAAGUGUUACUAAGGAAUUUAGGAGUGCCUGGGAAGCAUAAGCUGGCUGACCGUUGGAGAAAUGAACUAUUCGAUGUGGUGAGCAAGCUGCCUGGGAUUCCGGUGUACAAGAUAAAGGGACCAGAGGGUCGAGUAAAAGCCUGGCAUAGAAAUCACUUACUCCCUGUAUCUCAAGCAAGUGAUGUUUCUACAGGUAUUGACAUUGAGGAAGGUCAAAUGGAGGGUACUUCUGACUUCCCCAACGCCACGGAAAUCCCACCUACGGUUCAACAGACCCCUAUGGAUGCUCAAAUGCCUGAACCUGAUGAGGGUGGCAAUGAUGUAACUCAGAGUGACUCUCUUCCUUCUGAGGACUGGCCUAUUCCUGUCAGGGAUAAUUUGAAUCCUGCAUCCCCGGAGUUUGUACCAAGGUCUGAGACAAACCAGAGGUUGUUGCUGAGUGAUGGAAACCCUUCUAAUGAGGAUUCAGCUAGAGGACUUCCCCCGAGAGAGGUGAGACGGGGUGCACGAGUUCGGCAGCCCCCACCUGUACUGACUUAUGAUACACUGGGAAAUCCUUCUUAUGUACCACAUGCUGGACUUUACCAUGCCUGGGUAGGGGCGGUGUCCAAUCUGGUAAAUAUGCUGCCGGUGUUUGCACCCCCAGGACUAUACUAUUAUUGAUUCAGUUUAUGAAAUGUGCCUUGGUAAGUAUAAGGUUGAGUAUGUUGCAUGCAGUUCCUUUUCAGCUAGUGGUUAUGUAAAUAGGCCCUGUGAGCUAAAGCAGGCCAGAAGAUUUUGUAUGCUUCAUGUUAUUGCAUUACUUGGUUAUGUUUUUUUUUUUGUUUGUCAGCCAGGAGGUGACAGUUUUUAAGCAGGGGGAGA